CCUUCACCGCCAGUCCUACACUCUCCAUAAAACCCAGGCCUCACAGCACACAGAAAAAUCUCAAGGCUCUCCUUCCUCCUUAGCUAACAACCACCACAAUCACCGUCGCCGGCGAAAUCGAUCGCCGGAAAUGAAUAUUCCGGCAACCUUAUUAUUCACAUCCAUAAGAAAUGUUCGUAUAUUCGAUCAUCGCCAUCACGUUUUCCACGAUAAGCCAUCAUCGGAGGUCAUACUCUUUUAGCUCGAGUUUUUCUGGUGAAAGAAAUAUUAACAUUUUCUAGGGGAAAAUACUGGUUUUUAUUUUUCGAUUUUUGAGUUUUGGACCGGAUUUAACCUUGUAGGCGUUGAGAUUUUUGAGUUUUUUUGGGUAGUGGAGGAGGAGGGUGAAUGUGUAUAAAAGUAGGCAUUAAUUUCUGAAUUGAGUUUUUAAUAUUUGUAUCAAUUUCUGUGGGUUUUGAUUUUUUGAAUCCCAAAGUUUAAUUAGGCACUGAAAAAUGAGCUGAAGGCUGAGAAAUUAGGUAGGGCGGUGCGUCAGUGUCUUAGUAAAUUGUAUAGCUUGUAAAACCCGAGUUAUGCCAUUUCCGAUGAAGAUCCAACCGAUUGAUAUCGAUUCCGAGAUUUUGAUCGAGCCGGCCCGGGUCGACUCGGCGAAACCGGUCUUGAAAUCGCGGCUCAGGAGGCUCUUUGACCGGCAGUUCCCGAGCGUGCUUAGAAUCUCUUCUGCGCAUGAGAAGCAGCCUGCUACUGAGCCGCCUCCGCCGCAGCAGAACUACAAUAUCAGCAAGGAUGAAGGGACCGUCGGCGCUGCGGCCGAGUUCGAGCCGAGUUCGGUUUGCUUGGCGAAGAUGGUUCAGAAUUUUAUCGAAGAAAGCAACGAGAAGCAGCAUCCGCCGAAAUGUGGACGGAACCGCUGCAAUUGUUUUCACGGCAACGGCAAUGACAGCUCCGACGACGAGCUCGAUAUCUUCGGUGGAGGUUUCGGUGAUUCAAUCUCCUCCGGUUCGUUCGGUGGCGACGCCUCCGAUAUUCUUAAGAGUCUGAUUCCAUGCGUGAGCAUCUCGGAGAGAAACCUCCUGGCCGAUACGGCGAGGAUCGUCGAAGCAAACAAGAAUCUCAAACAAAAAGACGAUUUGAGGAAGAUGGUCACCGACGGACUGCAAUCCCUCGGCUACGAUGCCUCCACCUGCAAAUCCAAAUGGGAGAAAUCGUCGUCUUUCCCUGCCGGUGAGUACGAGUAUAUCGAUGUGACGGUAGAGGGCGAAAGGUUGUUGAUUGACAUAGAUUUCCGAUCGGAAUUUGAGGUCGCUCGAUCCACUGGGGUCUACAAGGCCGUCCUCCAGUCGCUGCCGUACAUUUUCGUCGGAAAAUCCGACCGUCUGGGCCAGAUCGUCUCCAUCGUAUCGGAGGCAGCCAGACAGAGCCUGAAGAAGAAAGGCAUGCACUUCCCUCCGUGGCGGAAAGCCGAGUACAUGCGCGCCAAGUGGCUCUCACCCUACACCCGAACCGCCGUUCCCCGUCCAGAAAACGACACCGCUCCCGCGUCGGGGAGCCAAGCGGUAAUCUCCGACGCUCCGACCGAGGUCGACAAUCUCAGCGAUUGCGGUGAACUCGAGUUGAUCUUCGGUGAGAGCCAUCUUCCGCUACCGUCGCCGGCGGGAAAUUCAAUUUCAGGUGAGAAGGCGGCGGUGGCUUGGGAGCCGCCUGCGAUUAAGCCGAAGAGCGUUGAGAGAGGAGCGAGGAUCGUGACCGGAUUGGCAUCACUGCUCAAGGAGAAACCUUGAGGCAAAUUUUGGAUUUUUUUUUUAAUUUAAAAUUUUCCGGAAAACCAAAAAAGGAUAUAACUCAUAUAAGUAUUAAAAAAAUAAAAGAAAUAUAUGAAUGGGAGUUGGAAUAGUAGAGUGGUAGUCGUACAGGCUUUUUAAGUUUUGUCUUUUUCCGAAGUUUCCCCUUCCUUUUUUGUUAGCAAAGGGCAUAAAUGUAAGAAAGCAAGUAAAUCUAUGGACCAUCAUCUCUAUGUAAUAAAAUUAGUUUUAAAUACCAAAAUAGACUGUUAAUAUU